AUGGCCAAGACACUUAUCGAAAGGCUUCGGGUCCGGGACGACAACGAGCACGGCUACGAGACCACGAAAUGGAUCAACCCGGACAUUGCACCGCUUCCCCCGAGUAGGCGGACUUGGGGCAUGUGGGCCUUUCUUGGCUUCGGAUCCAUCUCCAACCUCUGCAUCUCGGCCUGGACGGGCGCGGCGUCUCUCCUGUCACUGGGCCUCACCAUCCCGCAGACGAUGGGCCUUAUGAUCCUCGCCAGGGCGCUCAUCUGCCUACUCGUUAUCGGCAACGGUUGGAUGGGCUCUGAGUGGCACAUUGGAUUCACCGUCUCUCAAAGAAUCAUCCUUGGCAUGAACGGGGCCUAUAUCGGGCAGCUCAUCCGGAUCAUGCUAUCGAUCGUCUGGUACGGGUCACAGGCCUGGCUGGGCGGCCUCUGCGUUUCCGCAAUGCUCAGCGGCUGGAGCUACAACUUCCUGACGAUGGAGAACACGCUCCCGGAGAGCGCCCACAUGGUAACCAGAGACCUCGUGGGCUUCGUCAUCUUCCACCUCAUCUCGGUGCCCUUUCUUCUCAUCAGGGUCGAAAAGGCAAAAGUGCCCGUCAUCAUCGCCAACCUCAUCGUCUUCGUCACCAUGAUGGGCAUCACCAUCUGGGCAUGUCAGACCGGCGGCACGGGGCCCCUGUUCGAGUCGGGCGCGAGACAGGCCUCGGCCUUGACCAAGGAAUGGGCCUGGGUCUACGGCAUCAUCGCCUCGGUCGGCAACAUCUCGGCCGGCAUCCUCAACCAGAGCGACUUCACCCGUUUCGCGCGCCGUCAGGGGAUCCAGGUCCCGGGCAUCGUCUUCUCGCUCUUCGUCCCGGGCAUGAUCGUCCCCGUAUUCGCCAUCCUGACGGCGUCGGCCUCGAUGGCCAUCUGGGGCCUGGACGAGCCCAUGUGGAACCCGCUGACGGUCAUCACGCAGUGGAUGGUGGACGACUACAGCGCAAAGGCCCGCGCCGGCGCCUUCUUCUGCAGCCUUGGCUUCGUCCUCGGCCAGAUCGCCGAGAACAUCCUCGGCAACGGCUACGCCGCCGGCAUGGACCUCGCGGGCCUCCUCCCGACCUGGAUCACCAUCCGGCGCGGCGCGCUGCUGGCGGCCGCGCUCUCGUGGGCCGUCCAGCCGUGGGAGUUCUACAACACGGCGAGCGUCUUCGUGUCCGUGGCCGCUAGCUUCUCCGUCUUCAUGGGCCCGCUGACGGGCAUCAUGAUGACGGACUACUUUGUCGUCCGCCGGCAGAAGAUUGAGAUGAGCCAGCUGUACACCGGAUCCAAGGAGGGUGCCUACUGGUACACAUACGGCUUCAACUGGAGGGCCUUUGUCGCUUGGGUCGUCUGCUUCGUGCCCGCCAUGCCCGGGAUGAUCGCGGCGGUCAACCCGAGCGUCAAGAUCAGCGACGGGCUCUACAAGUACUACCUCGGCAACUACAUCUUUGGCUUCCUCGAGGCCGGGACGCUCUACGCGGUCCUGACGUUCGUGUUCAAGCCCAAGAGGAUCGGGUACCAGGAUGACUUUGACAUCUACGGGACGUUCGAUGACGACGUUGCCAUCAAGAAGGGCAUGGCGCCUUUUGAAAGGCCGAAGAGGGUGGAUGGACCUAUCGAGGGUACACCCGUGGAUAUUGACGAUGACGGUGCCAAAAGGGCAGCUCUUCCGUAG